UAUGCUUCCUUUUUUUGGUAAAAUAUUAUUCUACAUUUCAAGGUUUAUGAGAUUCAUCAGUUGCUUCUUUCCAUUCCCCUGCAGAAGUUAGGUCUGAAAUGUUCAGUUGUAUUUAAACACAAGGACAUGAAAUUAGAUGAUGACAAAAAUGAAGCUCGUAAAGUUGCCUUCGAUGAAAUCGAGAACGUGUUGAAAAGCGUAUGUGAUGUUCAUGAUGUACCUUUAGCUCAGGCAUGGGUCCCAUGCAAGAUGGGUUGGCCAUGUAGGGCUCUGGUUGAUGGUGGCAUCCUUCAUGCAAGUUGUUUUUACAAGAAAGAUGACUAUGGUGAAGAUGAAGAUGACUAUGGUGAAGAUGAAGAUGCUUUUCAUCAUAUCAGUUCUUUGUUUCACUUAAAGAAUGGGGUGGGGGUUGUUGGGCGAGCACUUUUGUCCACUAAUAUGGUAUUCUGCAGGGAUGUAACUCAACUUAGCCUAACUGAGUACCCAUUGGCACACUAUGCACGAAAGGCUAGAUUAAGCGGUUGCUUCGCAAUAUGCUUGGAGAGCAAUUGCGCUGGAAAUGAUGUUUAUGUGCUAGAGUUUUUUAUGCCGAUGAGCAACAAUGCCAGUGAAAACCCACAUACCUCAUUAAGGAAAAUAUUGGAAACAAUGAGGAAAAAGUUUCAUUGUCUUAGAGUUUCUUCUAGAGAAGAACUUGGGGAAGAAUUACAUGUUGAAGAAAUUAGUAUUCAAAAUGGUGAGAAACUUGAUCCUGUUCAAAUCCCCCAAACUACUAUAUCUUUGCCUCAGAUGGAACUCUCACAAAGUGAAGUUGAGGUAAUGCAAGUGGAUUCAUCAGAUCAACAAUUAGUGAAUGCCAUAAAUACUGGAAGCAAUGUUGGCGGUACAGAACAUCAUAACUUUGCUAUUACUUGUACGCAAGAGAAAAGCACAGUGAAAGUGUCAAAAAGAAAAGGCAACAAAUCUAGAGGUGCAGUAAAGACGUCAAAAAGAGAUGGCAGCAAUAUCGGAGUUAAAAUUAAAAUUCCGGUAGAGGAUAUCCUACAAAAUUCAGAAUUAAGCCUUGAGAAUGCUGCAAAAAGCCUCAAAGUUAGCAAAUCUACAUUGAAGCGUGUAUGUAGGACUUAUGGUAUAGAGAGGUGGCCACCUCGCAAGAUAAACAAGAUUGGUUGCUCUCAACUCGAUGAAUCUGCCCCGUGUGUUAAUUCUGAUCAUCUGCCUUCUACUCAAUCCUCGGCUACUAUUGUUCACACAGAGCCACAUAAUACAACGAUGCAAGAUGUGAAUAUUGUGACUAUAAAAGCAAAAUAUGGGGAAGGUAUUACAAUGAAAUUUCGUCUGUCUUUGUCAUCAAGAUUCGUACACUUACAGCAAGAAGUUGCUAAGAGGCUAAACUUAAAGGCUGGAACUUAUUAUGUCAAGUAUGAAGAUGAGGACGGUGAGUUGAUUUUAAUAGGUUGCGAUGAGGACUUGCAAGAUUAUAUAUGCAAUUCUAGAUCGCUGGGUAGAAGUUCUAUCGUGGUAUUACUUGAGCAAAAAUCAUCAAAAAAAAAAAAAAAAAAAAAAGUCACCAAUUACCCACAAAACAACUUGAAUCAUGCUAAAUAAGCACUUCCUGUUAAA